ACAGCCAGACACCAUCCGGGUUUAGCCAGUGAUGCAUUAAGUCAAUGCAGCGCACAGCGCCACGGUGAAUGGUGAAGAAGCAAAACGGAUAAAAAACGGACCGGAGAAAAAGCUACCACACGACGAGAAAAUUUGUGGCGACGGUGAAUCGUUUUACGAUCCUGUGCAACCCGGAAUAUCAUCAGUAUUACUAGAGCUCUACAGACACACACACCUAGAUACGUAGAUACACACUGAAGGCUGAAGGCUCACGGCGAGACAAGGCUGGCAACGACGACGACGGUGACGGUGAAGGUGUAGCUCGGCAAAAUACGACAUCCAAUAAAUUUCAUGUCCCAACUGUAAGGCUGUGGCCCGUGUACGCGACGAGGCAGUAAGUGAGUGAAGUGACAGCGCGCCACAAGCUCGCUCCGACCGCAGGCAGCCCACCCAACCAAAGAGCCAAAGCUUCCGCCGCACCCGAAAACCCGACGUAUCCCCCCCCUGCGCGCGCUCCUUCACUGUGUCAUGAUGACGAACGGAAUCGCUGAUGCGCAACAAAAUGGCGGUGGCCAGGAGGACUCGAAGACCAAUCUUAUCGUCAAUUAUUUACCACAGCAGAUGACCCAGGAGGAGAUCCGGUCGCUCUUCUCCAGCAUCGGCGAGGUGGAGAGCUGCAAGCUGAUUCGUGACAAGGUUACUGGACAAAGCCUAGGCUACGGUUUCGUCAACUACCAGCGGGCGGAAGAUGCGAGCAAAGCGAUCAACACACUGAACGGUCUGCGAUUGCAGAAUAAGCAAAUUAAGGUAUCGUUCGCCCGGCCCAGCUCCGAAGCAAUCAAGGGUGCGAACCUGUACGUGUCCGGCUUGCCGAAGAACAUGCUCCAGGCGGACCUGGAGGCGUUGUUCAGCCCGUUCGGAAGGAUCAUUACGUCCCGCAUAUUGUGUGACAAUAUUACAGCACGACAGUACAGCUCUCCGACGGGAGAGAAUGGUAAUGGUCUUUCCAAGGGAGUUGGCUUCAUUCGGUUCGAUCAGCGCAUGGAGGCGGAAAAAGCAAUCAAGGAGCUGAACGGCACCGUACCGAAAGGUUCGACCGAACCGAUCACCGUCAAGUUUGCCAACAAUCCGAGCAGCACGAAAACCGUACCGCCACUGGCGGCCUACCUUGGGCCGCAAGCCGCCCGCCGGUUCCCCGGUCCGAUGCAUCAUCCGACCGGACGAUUUAGCAGUGCCAUUCCAAACUAUCGAUACUCGCCACUGGCCGGCGAUUUACUGGCGAACUCGAUGAUUCCUACCAACGCCAUCGCCAACGGGUCCGGUUGGUGCAUUUUCGUCUACAACCUCGCCCCGGAAACGGAGGAGAACGUCCUGUGGCAGCUGUUCGGUCCAUUCGGUGCCGUCCAAUCCGUUAAGGUCAUUAAGGAUUUGCAGACCAACAAGUGCAAAGGAUUCGGCUUCGUGACGAUGACCAACUAUGAUGAGGCCGUGGUCGCGAUCCAGUCCCUGAACGGCUACACGCUCGGCAACCGCGUGCUGCAGGUCAGCUUCAAGACGAACAAGUCUAAAAAUGCGUAAAAUCAACCGAACGCACCACCGGGCGAACUGCUGCUCGCCCACCGCUUGGCCCAGCUCUCGAUCUUGCUGGCGCAGCGCAACGGUGACGCAGUCCGGGGGCGGAAAGGUGACGACGGUGGAGGAACCCAGCGACGACGGCGGCGGAAUCAGCAUCCACAGCACGAGCAGCACCAGCAGCACCAGCAGCAGCAGCAGCAGCAGCAGCAGCAAACACUUGAGUUGGAUGUUGUUAGCCACAGCAGGGGGGCGAUCCAGCAACAGCAACGGGCUACCAGCGGUUGGUUGCGCGACCUCAGCGAGAUGAUCACGAACGCCCGAUAAGCCGCUCCCGCGACGAUGGAACAGCUGCUUCUUCCUCUUUCUUUACUUUACCCUCCGUUACGCCUUGGUUCGGAUGAUCAGCAGUAAACAGCAACAAACCAAAAACUAAACCAGGAACGGGCAGCAGACAGACCGAAAGAGAGAGAAAGAGAGAGAUUGAAGGAUGAUUAUGCAACAACAACUAUGCUAUGAGAAACAAUAGGCAGGAAGGCAGAAGCGCGCAGUGCGCGAAGUACGGGACGGGACAAAAUGAUUCCACAAUGUUUGUGUUUCUGUCUUUUUGAUGGAAAUGGGACCGUUUUGCUAUUCGGUUAUUUUGGAUGUUUUAAUUAUGUUUGGUAACGCAUUUUGAAUUUAGAAAAAGGGCGAACAUCCAUCUACACGCAAAAGAGGAAGCAUAACGAUUAGCAAGAUAGGGAGAGAGUGCGAGAGUGUAUUGAUCGGGAAGAAACAAGAACAAAAGUGGAACGCAGAAAAGGAUGGCAUACGAGAACCGUGCAAUAUAAUAGAAGGCAACAACCUGUCACGCGGCCGCGGUCCACUUAACCCCCGACAGCCAUUUAGUCAGGCUGGCGGGGAAAGUGCGGCGAGCCGGCACCGUCGGGCUGUCGCUGUUGGCCGGUGACGGUACACCGCGCCCCCCUUUUUUGAAGGCCACCAGCGUACGCGCGUGUGUAUCCCAUCAUCAUCCAUCGGCCCCUGCCGGAGCCUGGAGGGGCCGAACUUUGGCUGUGUUUUACAUGGUACUUGCUGGACACCAUCACCAACCGCCUGCUGCCCGUGGGCCGAAGUGACGAAUGGCGAAGGGAGUAGUGAAGGCGCGCAGAGUAAACAGCGAGAAGGGAGUAAGGACAUCGCGUAAGAAGAGAGCGUUAAGAAAAAAUCACACUUUUUAGACGAAUUUUACACGAAGUUUUACACACCAGGGAAAAGCGGAACACGACUUCGCCAAAGAAGAACGAGAGAACGAACGGAGGCAAAGCAAAGCGCGACGCCCCGCGACACAGCGCCCGAGGGGCACACGGAAUGACAGAAAAUGAAGCCCCAUGGGGGGCGACAGCGGUGCGCUAGAGGAACACAACAGUGAAAGAUGUGUUUGGGGGAGACACAGGAUUCCCGGGUCUCCGGAUCAGUCGUGCCGGAGGUGAACGAACGAUCGAUGCGGAAAGUACGAUGCGCUAUGAAGCUUGGGUUUGAAUUUGUCUACAUUUCGUUCGGGACCGGGGGUCCGAUCAGCCGGUCGGUCGGUCAGCUAAAUCAGGCUCGUCGUCGGAGCACCAACCGAAUCAUGGUCGGUUGAUCCCACGGCCGCGGUGAUCGCGCGGUCGCGGUUCCGUGCGAUCGAUUACUUUAUUUAAGUUAGUUUAAUUUACUAUCCCUUUCACGUUAAAUGUUUGCGUUACGAUGUUCGUUUUUCUUGACACCAUAAAUUUAGUUCACCCGUUUGGGAUUCGCGGUUUGGUUGUCGCUUCAGCCUUUAGUUGUGCAGUUCCUUCACUGUGUGCACCGCAAAGGGAAAUGUUUCCUCCUAGCAGAAAAUCAGUAAGUGCAAGUCAGACACACGUUAUACGUUCCGUUGUAUCGGUUCUUUCUGUGAACAGAAACUCUUUUCAAGCAGCAGUUUAGUUAACUUUCUUUACUAUCGCUUCGCUCUGCACACAUUUCUUUAUGAUAGCUCUAGUUUUGUGUAUCGUUUGGAUUAACGAAUGAAUAUUUAUUACCAGUUAUUUAGAUACGUGUAUUGAAUUGCUUUGUGGAGUAUGUGGAACAGAAGCCACCCUAGUGAAUUAUGGCACCGCCGUGGUCAGGAGGCACGCGUUUCGUUUUUCUUUUUCCGUACUUUAUGCAAUAAGUUUAUAAGUUUUCCAUUUCACUACUGAUUUACUAUUUUUCGAAUUGUGUUUUUCUCCCCCCUUUUGUGUUACGACAGUUUGCGCUGACAACGAAGAACGCAAAAAAGUCUUUACGUGCAGAAGUCGGUGUAAAGUGAAGAUAAGAGAAGACAGAAAACAAUGGAUAUACACU